AAUGGAUGGCAGUACUUUCUUGCUACUGCAGCUACAAUCCAUAAAACUAGGCUUGAGCAACUCCCACACAUGAUUCUUACAGUGGGCAAUAGGAGUAAAAGCACUUUUGCAAUUGUUUUUCUCUUUAGCAUCAUUCUUCUAUAUGCUUAGAAACAAAGUCCAUCUAGCACUGUAAUAGCUACCCUGCUGAAAAAAUCAGCUUGCUCUGAUCAGCUACCAACUGCCAAAAACACAGGCCAUCAAACUGGUACACCAAAAACAGUUUCUGAAUUACCGCUACUAAAUCUAGAUAAUGAAGGUCUUUUCAAUAAAUUAACUCAAGAUUUAAGACAUUUAGAAAAUCUCAAACAUUUAUUGAUCAAUUUAGUCAAGUCAUGAGGAAGCUGGAAAAUCACUUGACAGCUGGUGUUCAGGCCAAGCUGGAUUUUUCAGCAAGAUAGAGCUGUUAAUUAUCAAAAUUGCCAAAUAAUGUAUAGUCACACAGACUAUAAGGAUAUUUAUGUACAUUUAGGUGAGAAAAGAUAUAAAAAUAUAUAGUGCCUUGUUUCUAUAUACACACCAAUCAGCCAUACCAUUAAAACCACUGAUAGGUGAAUAACAUUGUUUAUCUCCUUACAAUGGCACUUGUCAAGGGGUGGGAUAUUAGGCAGCAAGUGAACAGUCAAUUCUCGAAGUUGAUGUGUUGGAAGCAGGAAAAAUGGGUAAGUAUACGGAUCUGAGUGACUUUGACAAGGGCCAAAUUGUGAUGGCUAGACAACUGGGUCAGAGCAUCUCCAAAACGGCAGGUCUUUUGGUUUGUUCCCGGCAUGCAGUGGAUAGUACCUACCAAAAGUGGUCCAAGCCGGGGGAGGCAGUGUGAUGCUCUGGGCAAUGUUCUGAAACCUUGGGUGCUGCCAUUCAUGUGGAUGUUAAUUUGACACAUACCACCUACCUAAACAUUGUUGCAGAUCAGGUACACCCUUUCAUGGCAACGGUAUUCCCUAAUGGCAGUGGCCUCUUUCAGCAGGAUAAUGCUCCCUGUCACACUUGUUCAGGAAUGGUUUGAGGAACAUGACAAAGAGUUCAAAGUGUUGACUUAGCCUCGAAAUUCCCCAGAUCUCAAUCCAACCAAGCAUUUGUGGGAUGUGCUGGACAAACAAGUCUGAUCCAUGGAGGCCCCAACUUGCAACUUACAGGAUUUAAAGGAUCUGCUGCUAAUAUCUUGGUGCCAUGCAGGUGGUUUUAAUGUUCUCACUGAUCAGUGAGCAAUGUGUAAGCAAAUAACUAUUUUCCCCAGUUAUUUCUGUAUACCUGAAUCUUAUUUGACUCGUUAUUUGUGCUAUGCACCUCACAUCUACUGAACACACCUAAAUGAUAGUCUUCAUAAAGUUAACACACACUGGGAAAGGUAAUGUAGGUUGUGUGGUUGCAUAUAGGUUCUGUAGUUAUACGUGGUUUUAGUUUGCAAAAAUGGUGUCCUUUAAAUGAAAAGGAAAGGGUUUCUAUUAUCAUUUUUUGGAUAACCUUUUGGAAUACAUAUUAUUGGAUCGCCUAAAGAUUGCACUUCCCAAGAACAGUUUAUGCCCAAGUCUCACCCUUCUUCAGUGGAUAAGCUCAGCUGGAUACUGCAGACUUGUACCUAAGACCUGCUGCUGUAAUCAUAAAGACCAUGAUGCUGUUGCUGGACAUCCUUUGAGCACCCUUAAUACCCACUGUUUGACUUUAUAGUAUACAAAUAUGGAAGAGGAAUGAUUUAUGAUCCCACUACCCAGUGUUCCCUAGAAGAGGAUGGGUUUUCAGUCUGCACUCAAGGUUUCUUCCUCUUGUCGUCUCAGGGAGUUUUUCCUACCCUUUGUCGCAUCUGGCUUGCUUAUUAGGGAUGUAAAUAGGCUAAAUCUACAACCAGGCGUCUGUGAAGCUGCUUUGUGACAAUGUCUAUUAUCAAAAGCGCUAUACAAAUCAAACUUAACUGAAUAGCCGAUGGGUCAUAUCUAACCCCCCUAUGAGGGAAUGAGUGUACGUUUUAUUUAUUAUUUUUUUCCUAGAAAAGGCACAUCCAGACCUCCUCCUCCUCCUUCAGCACAUCAUUCGCAGUGCUAUUCUGCUACUGAAUCUACUCCUUUGUGGCCCACCUGGUUAGUCUCCAGCCAGUGAAGCCUGCAGGUUCAGAGGGCUCAGACUCCUCUGAACGAUGACUGAUUCAGACACUUCAUCAUCAUCUGAUCCCCUGCUGCACAAACCCCAUGCUCCCCUCCCACUCUCUUUCCCUUUUCUGAGAGGGGGCAGUCAUGUCUGGGAGAGGAAACCGCCACAAGCUGGGGAGCCACAUAGUCCACUUCCCACAAAGCGCAAUCGCUCCUACUCAGCUACUGUGAGGUCCAGGUCUGGACCAGUUUUCAAGGGAGUCUGCAAGAACUUCUCUAGAUCCCAAGGACAUGGUUUCAUCCGACCUACUCAUGGAGGAGAGGACAUAUUUGUUCACAUAUCAGACAUUGAGGGUGAAUAUGUACCAGUGGAGGGGGAUGAAGUGACCUACAAAGUGUGCCCUGUUCCACCGAAGAAUCUGAAGUUCCAGGCAGUAGAGGUGGUAAUCACUAACCUUACACCAGGAACAAAGCAUGAGACAUGGUCUGGACAAGUUAUCAGCUCAUAGCUCUGACAUUUACACUUGCUAGAAUGAAGAACAGAAGUUUGGGCAGGACAAAUUCUGACAUUGAGAAGGAAAAUUCAAUGUUACAAAAUAGUUGAAGACUUUAAAAAAAUAUAUUUACUAACAUAAGCUUGAAAUGGUUAUGUGUAAGUAGGUUAUGGGUGGGUUAUGUGUAAGUAGGUUAUGGGUGGAUUUGGGGUUGUGUAACUUCCAGGUCUUUAGCUUGGCAAAUAUGUGCUAUAAACUAGUAUUGGAAGGUGGUCUAACUAAAUGGAGUUAGAAGUUAGUUUGGCAGGUCUGACUGAGCUUUUAAAAUGGCAGUAGAAGUAACAUAAAAACAUAAACCCUCCAUCUGGUUAGCAUUGACUUUUCUGUCUGUCUGUCUGUCUGUCUGUAUUUAUUUAUUUAUUUAUUUAUUUAUUAGGGCGUAGUUGAUUUCAUUAUUUUGGUGCAUUGUAAUUACAUACUACCAACAACUAAUGUUAGUGUCUUUUGAAUGAUAAGUGAUAAUUAUACUCUUAAUAAUUAUAGAACAAAUGUCAAAUUUCUGUAAGUGAAAAAUUUAAUUACCUUACCUCACAGGAGUGGACAAAGUACUGAGAAAUUAUACUUAAGUGAAAAUAUAGAUAAUGUGUCACAAUCUUACUCAAUUAAAAGUGGAAGUAUCCUGCCAAAAAAUGUAAUCAAGUGAAAGUUAAGUAGUUCCUACUACUAGAGCCAGGGUGCACAUCCUCAAGUUCCUCAGUGCAAUGGAUUAUCCAUAUUCAGACGCACAUGGUUAGCUAUACCUCUAACUACAUUGUGUAACAUGAGAAGGACGAGGUUUAUAACAGGUACUUUGAAGGUCUAACUAAAAAUGUAAGGAGUAAAAAAUAAGUCUUUGUCAUGAAAAUGUAAUGAGGUAAGGGUAGAAAUACUCAGUUUCAACAACAAUCAAGUAUAAAUGCAUCAAAAUAAUACUUAAGUAUAGUAAUGAAGUACAACUACUCAAAUAUUGUCCACCCCUGCUCAAAAUAGAGAAUUGUUUUUUGUUAAGAACAUUGGAAAUACUCACAAACCUCAUCCAUCUGAUAAUGGGCUGUUCAUUAGUGAAAAGCAGUUUAUUGGCAUUGCAUUGUCAGUGUCUUCAUCUGUAACAAACUGUGUGCAGUUUAAGAACAUUAAAUAAACAAUGGGUAUUUGACUGAAUACCCCACUCAAAUUCACUUCUUUCCCACCUUCAGCGUAACUGUAAUUUUACUGUCUACAAUGUAAUAAAAAUGGUUGUUUGAAUGUAAUAAAAAUGGUUGUUUGAAUUUA